CCUCCACCGCCUCUCCCUCUCUUUCUACCGAGCUCCCGUUUUCUCUCGUUUCGUAAAUCUGUGAAGCUCUGCAACGCGGUCCAAUAAUGGCAGGCAGAGGCAAAACCCUAGGUUCUGGCGCCGCCAAGAAGGCCACAUCUCGUAGUAGUAAGGCCGGCCUUCAAUUCCCUGUGGGUCGUAUCGCUCGUUUUCUCAAAGCCGGUAAGUACGCCGAGCGUGUAGGCGCCGGAGCACCCGUCUACUUGGCCGCUGUCCUCGAAUACCUAGCCGCCGAGGUGUUGGAAUUGGCCGGAAACGCCGCUAGGGACAACAAGAAGACUCGGAUCGUGCCACGACACAUCCAAUUGGCGGUGAGAAACGACGAGGAGCUGAGCAAGUUGCUCGGAGAUGUGACGAUCGCAAACGGUGGUGUGAUGCCCAACAUUCACAACCUUCUUCUGCCAAAGAAGGCCGGCGGAUCGUCAAAAGCCUCAGGCGGUGACGACGAUAGUUAAAUCAGAGAUGGAGAAUUUUCUUAACUGGAUCUCAGUGGCUUCUUCAAAUUUAGGAUUUGAGUUUUCCCGGUUGUGUUUGCUGGUGAAAUUUGUAGUUGGUGGGGCUAGGUUUUAGGAUUAGGGCUUGCUAGUUACAUGAAUGUGAAUAUCCUUCUAUUUUCUCGUUUCCUAACAGACCAAUUGUGGAAUCAUCUUCUUGAUAUUUAUCAAAAUUUUAAUUUCAGUCA